AUGCUCACAGACAACUUUGAAACACAUGCAAACCGUUUUCUUGAUCCUGAUCUUCCUGCCAAAGAUCGACUUCAGCUGGCCCAGGAGAUCAGGGAAAGCAUUGAGAUCGUUCAGACAUCAGAGUAUGGAAACUUUCUCCAGCAUUUCGUGAAAGCAUUCGACACAUACCUUCGAGGAACGAGUAAUGAGCAUUCUCCGUAUUACUCGCCACCGAAUGAGAGGUUCAACACUGAAUCACCAGCCUACAAGACUCGCUCGGUUUUGUUGGAGAUUUUGAACCGCGUUCCCACAACAGAGGUUUUGAAGCCAUUUGCCCCAACGUUGCUGAAGCUUUGCAUGUUCUUGCUGGAAAACGAUGAUGAGGACAAUGCUGUUAUCUCACUUCGUAUCAUCCUUGACUUGCACAAGACCUAUAGGGCUCAGCGUAUUCAAGGUGGCCAGACCAUUCCCGGUCUUCUUGAAGGAGAUGUUCAACCGUUCUUGGAGUUUGUGUCCAGGGUGUAUCAGAACUUUCCAAGAACACUGCAGGAUGCUUUUGCUACUUCCCCACAGGGUCAGCCUCAGCAAAAAGUUAGGCGCAGUACAGAAUCCUUCAAGGUGGUAACAGAAUGCCCUCUGAUCGUUAUGUUUCUUUUUCAGCUUUACGAAUCAUACGCACCUACGAAUGUACAGACGCUCCUUCCUCUAAUGGUGAAAGCCAUCAAUCUGAGAGCACCUGCCAAUGCCCGACAAAACCCAGCCACAUUAUCUCUCUUCGUUGACUUCAUAGCCGCACAGGUCAAGACACUGAGCUUUCUUACAUACUUGCUGAGGGGUUCUGCUGACUGGGUCAAACCACACAAAGAUAUUAUUCCCUUGAGUGUCGUACAGUUGCUCGUCAGCUGUCCUCAUGACAGUAUUGCAGUGCGCAAGGAACUCUUGGUUGCAACACGACAUAUCCUAGCAACAGAUUUCCGUGAGGGCUUUUUCAAGCAUGUGGAUAUUUUCUUGGAUGAAAAGUUGCUUGUUGGGCCAAGCCGAGGUGCAGGAGACUCUCUUCGGCCACUGGCUUACAGUCUGCUAGCAGAAGUUGUGCAUCAUGUACGAUUGAUGCUGACUAUGCCACAAUUAUCCAAAGCUGUUCAUCUAUUUUCUCGGAACGUUCAUGAUUCUUCCUUACCUCUGACUGUGCAGACAACAUCGAUCCGACUUUUAAUGAACUUGGUGGAAGGUAUUUAUCACAAGCACAAUCAAGAUCAAGACAAGGUUGGAGCGGCUCAGGUGAUCAAUCAACCGUCGGCCAAUACAGCGGCAGCAGCAGCAGCAGCUGAAGCAAGUGUCAAGGGACGAAAGCUCUUAGUCCGAAUUCUUGAUACUUUUGUCAGGAAAUUUGGAACUCUGAAGGAGUACACCAAGAAAUUGUGCGAGGCAAGAAAGACAGACAAACAUGAUACCCCCUAUUUCCAAUUGGAAUUUAUGCCGUUUCGAAGUGGGUCUUUGAGUGACAUUGUGAUCGAUAUCAACAAGGAAAUCACAGACUGCAAGCAGUUGAUCAAGACGCUCAUUGUAGCAGUACGCACCGUGGUGUGGAGUGUGUCGAAUGUCAAAGGUCAAUCUGCCAGAGGCAUGCAAGAGCAUGAAUGUCUAAUCACAGCAAAACUUCUCAAGCAUGGACUGAAGUGCUUUAGUAUCUAUGGAUCCGAAGAGGGAACACCUUCGAAGGAAGAAAAGGAAAUUCUUGAUCUUUUCGCGGGUGUUUUCACUGUUUUGGACGAAAGAACGUUUCGAGAUGUAUUUAUUUUGAACCUCCACAUUCUUUUUAAGCACAUUCUUUCGAAUGAAGUAUGCAUUGCAAUCCCACAGCAUUUCAUCACAAAUCAGACGGUGACGAGAACCUUCACGGACAUCCUGCUUACAUUUCUGGUUGCGAAGAUUAAGGAACUCAGUAACAGUGAUAAGCAUGAGGGACAAGUGGUUUUGAGCCUUUUCAAAAUCAUCUUCCAUGGAGUCACGAAUUUUCCCGAGAAUGAGACAGUCUUGCGGGCGCAUGUUCGUGCGAUUGUGAUUGCUUGUUUGAAGCACGCGAUGCAGGAGAAAAGGCCAACCUGUUAUUAUCUCCUGUUGAAGACAUUUUUUCGAUCGGUAUCUAGUGGCAAGUUUGAGAUGCUGCAGAAGGAAUUCAUUCACUUGCUGAAGAACCUGUUGGAAAACCUUUGUAAGCUUCUCACACAAGCACAGGAGGAUGACACUCGCGAGUUGCUUGUUGAGUUGUGCUUGUCAGUCCCUGCCCGUUUGAACUUCCUCUUACCUCACAUCCCUCUGCUGAUGAAACCUUUGGUUCAAGCUCUCAACGGAAGCCCUGAAAUGGUUCACCUUGGACUGAAGAAGUUGGAAUCAUGGGUAGAGAGUCUUCAGCCAGCUUACCUUGACCCCCUUUUGCAAUCGGUCAAGGAUGAUCUCAUGCCUGCUCUUUACAAGCAACUACAAUCAGGAAACAACCAAUUUGCAUUGAGCGCCAUUCGCAUUCUUGGAAAACUUGGAGGACGAAAUCGCCGACUUUUGCGCGAUCAGGUUCCGCUUGAAGGCAAGGAGAACGGUGAUGACGGUGUUCGUGUGACAAUCCAAUUGCCCAAAGGCAAUGCUGGUGUUGCUGUUGUGCAGUUGACUCUUGAUGAUGCUGUCAAGACUUCAAUGACGCUUCUGGAAAAACCGGGAGUCGACGUUUACUACAAGAAGCAGGCAGUUCUUCUCGUAAAGAGUUGUCUGGGAUGUCUGUUUCCACCUCUGAAUGUCAAAGGCCCAGAAGGAGACGCGGACAUGAAGCCCGCGUUCUCCUUGCAAGACGAAUUGAAUGCAGCUGAGGGAGUCCUUACCCACGUGAGCCCCGAGUUGAUGAACAAGAAGGGCCUGGCGAAGCAAGCCGUGUGUCGCAAGGUGAUUGGUGCAAUCUUCCUUGCUGCAGCAAAUCCAGACCUACACGAGGAGGUGAAGGGGUUGGUAGAGGGAAUCUGCAGAUAUUUUGCUAUUGCUGUGUCUCUCUGUCCACCACCCGAAGAAGGUGUUCCAAGGCCAGUGCACAGUGAAUCAGUUCUUCUGGAUGUUGCCAUCGAUGCGCUCUGCCAAGAGCAGAAGCCGAGGAAUGAUCGGAAAACCAAUCUCCGCCCUUCGCCUCUUGAAAUCUACCUCGAUAUCAUCAAUGAGCUCUGCACUCAGGAAGAAGCCUCGAAGCUGCCACUCUAUGAGCAGCUGACAAGAAUGCUCUGUCACCUCUGCUACCAACGGCCAUGGUGGCAAAAGGUUGCAGGCUGCCUUGGAUUGAAAAUUCUGGUAUCUAGAAUGCCCAUCACCAAUCUCCUGACCCAAGAGUUGGGAAUUGCCCGUGCUCUGCUCGCUAUCUGGAAGGAUUCAUCACAAGAUGAGAUCGCUAUUACCUCAGAGAAAGCUUACUCGACCCUAGCCUCAGUCUUGCAUCGUUGUCAUAGUCCAUCGAAGACUGAUUCUGAAGUAGAGGGAUUCGCCGAGAAGGAGAAAGCAGUGUUCAGAGAAGUUGUUGGACAUCUGUCGCAGGAGCUAGCGGCUCCGAAUUCCACCGUUCGCUCCAAUGUGCAGAAGCUUCUUGGAGAAUUUGCUCAAAUCACGAAUAAGGCUGUCUCGGAAUUGCUGGAACCACUGAAGUCAUCUAUUACUGGUCAAAUCUUCAAGCGGCGAUUGGGAAACUAUCCUCUUCCAGUGCAAGUGGGGAAUCUCGAUGCACUGACUUACUUCCUCUCUCUCAAGCCACCAUUCCUCGCCACCGAGUCCAACCUCUAUGUGGUCCUACAAGAUGCUUUGCAAUAUGCAGAGAUGGAGGAUGGUCAGGGCAUGCGCAAUCAGCAUGAUGGAGCAGCGAUCGCUCAGUUGGGAACUCUCAGAACUCAGUGUGUACAACUCUUGAGAGCUGCAAUGGCUUCUGCCGAGGUGAACCUUGCAGGUUCGCAUCAGGAACUACGAAAUCAGAUUAUCCUGAUGUUCUUCAAAAUUAUCACAAAGGGAUUUCCGGACGCUGUCGUGGCUGCAAGGGAAGGUCUAGCAGAGGUGCUGCAGACGCAGAAGGGGAAAGCUCCUUUCAAAGACCUUCUGCAGUCCAGCCUCCGCCCUGUCUUGGUCAAUCUCGCAGACUAUCGCAAACUGAAUGUCCCACUGCUCGAGGGUCUGUCGAGGCUUUUGGAGCUUCUGAGCAGCUGGUUCAACGUCACUCUUGGUGAGAAACUCCUCGACUACCUGCAGAAGUGGGCCGAGCCGGAAAAACCUCAGCCGGCUGGUGCUCCCAAGGUUGUCAAGUCCAGUGAAGAGCCCAAAAUACCUGCUGCGAUCAUCGAGCUUUUUCACCUACUUCCCCCAGCUCCAGAAAAGUUCAUGGAGAAGCUAGCUAAGCUCACCAUUGAGCUGGAGGACAAGUUGGUUGGAGGAGAUUUCAGCCCUGUUAGAAGUCCUUACAGGGCACCCUUCACAAAGUUUCUCAACCGAUUUCCCUCUGAAGCUCUUGACUUCUUCUACGAAAGGCUUCGAGAUUCUCAGUUCUGCAAGCUGUUUCAGUACAUCUUGAGAUCAGACGUUGCAAGCCCGCUCCGUGAUGAAGUUUACAGAUCGGAAGACAAGCUAUUGACAGCUACGUUUCUUGUCGAUGAGAAGAAUCCCAACUACAAUGAGCUCCGUUUCCAAGGUGUUACUAUCGUGCGGACAAUGUGCAAGUUCUUCCCAGAUUGGCUGAAAGAUUGCCCAAAAAUUCUUGCACAGCUCCUUCGGAUUUGGCAAUCGAAGGAACGGUUGAUCAGGAUCCAGCAGGAAGAGAACAUGGAGCUCGAUCACUUGCUGGAGUCAAAGAAAUUGGUCAAGUGCUUGCUGUGCUAUGCUAGGUCCCAGCCAUCGGAUCAUGACGUGCUGUUCAACAUGUUGACGAUUUUUACUGUAAGAUCCAUUGUCGACUACUCCUUCCUCAAGCAGUACUAUGCCAACGGAGUUGCAAACAACUAUCGUCUAAGCACGCUCAAGGACAGAAAGAACAUGAUCAUUGCGAUGAUCAACAAAUGCAAAGAAAAAGAAGUUCCUCAAGAACUGAAAGUGCAGGCGCUUCAGUUGGUUGUGAUUCCGACUUUGACCGCUGCUUUCAACAAGACGCCACAAGAAGAAAUCUUGGAUGACAAGACGAUUGCUACAAUCGUGAAGGACCUUCUGGACCCUGGGGAUGAAAUUCUCUUGACUUACGAUGAGGCCUUGCACAUUGAACUCUUGCAGCUUGCAACACUUCUGAUUCGACACCUCAAGACUUCUCUUGUUUCCCACCGAAAGGAGCUCAUCAAGUUUGCUUGGGAUCGUCUAAAGCGUGAUGAGACAACCAGUAAGCAGUGGGCUUACGUGAACGUUUGUAGGUUCAUCGAGGCCUACGAUGCUCCUCACAAGAUCAUCCUCCAAGUGUACGUGGCUCUCCUGAGAGCCUUCCAGCCAGAGCAGCGACCCUUGUUGAAGCAGGCGCUAGACAUCUUGACUCCAGCCCUUCCUAAGCGUUUGCCUCCUCAAGAUCACAAGUACCCGAUAUGGAUUCGUUACACCAAGAAGAUCAUUGUAGAGGAAGGUCACUCCCUCCCCCAUCUCAUUCACAUUUGGCACUUCCUAGUGCGACAUGCGAGCCUCUUCUACACGAGCCGAGCUCAGUUUGUGCCUCAAAUGGUGAAUUCUUUGAAUCGAAUCGGAAUGGCAAAUUCUUGUCCGCCCGAGAACAGAAAACUUGCGGUCGAUCUGGCAGAGCUGGUGAUCACCUGGGACAAGAAGCGCAUCGAGGCGAGCAAGCCGACGGACAAGAUGGCAAUCGACGCCCCUCAGCCAGAGGCAGAGCGCUCUGAGCGCUCAGAGACGGAGAAGAAGCGCGAGGAGCCCGAGGGAGGAAAGGAAGAUGCCAGCGCCGUCAAGAAGGCUCGCACAGACUCCGGGGCAGUCACAACGGCUGUCUCCCAACCCGCUACUGCCACUACUCCAACGUCUGCUGGAACUUCCGCUGUUGCUACUGCUGGAGCUGCCGCUGGUACCGCUGCCACUGGAUCCGCCACCAGUACCGUCGUGGCUGGCGCCACAGGUACUGCUGCUGCUGCUAGUGCAGCGGCUGCUGCUGCUGCUGCGGCGGCGGCGGCGGCGGCGGCGGCGGCAGGGCAUCCUGCAUCGGGAGACGAUGAUUACCAGCCAAACGCAACCAUGAUCGAGAUGGUUGUGAAUUUUUUGAUGCGAGUGGCACUUGUCACCGCAGAACAGAAGGAGCAAGGAAAUCUUAGCGAGAAAUGUGUGCAGCUGCUGGACACUGCUCUGUCGAUUUGGCCGAAUGCUGUCUUGAAAUUUCAGUACUUCGAGAAGGUUAUCGAGAAGAGCGACAAUCAUGCCGCCAACAUCUUCACUGGCCUAGAGAUUAUGAACACGUUGCUGCAGCGUAGCAUGCUUGGUGCGAUCGCAUUGAAUCAGAAUGCGAUCAAGCUGCUGCUGGACGUCUGCUUGCCAUGCGACAAUGGCAAAGUGAUCGACGCUCUUUGUCGAAUGGUGAGCAAGUUUGUUGACUUCCCAGCGCCGCUGGACGCGAACGAAUGUGUGACCAAGUUCAUCACAUGGGUAAAAGAGUUCAUCGACAAGGGUCUUCAGUAUGUUUCUGCCCAGCAGCCCCAGCAGACGACUGGGAGAGUUGAGCGAUGCAGCAUCCACAACGCAGAGAGGGUCCUACAGGCUCUUGCGCCCAAGAAGCCAGAGAUUGUUGAUGACUUCGCCCAGACCCUCGCUAAGGUAGUUCACAAGUUUGCGAGAGAGCACUGCCAAAACGUCCAGCCCAAUCGCGCUCGACAGGUGGAGAGUCAACAGGAUACGGAGGCUCAGGAGUUCAUCACGAGAAUCCUCGUGAUGGGAAUCCAACUGUUGUCGACGCGCCUGAACAUUCUCAAUGAUCAGAGGAAGAAUUUCAUCAUCUCAAUCUCAGGACUGAUUGAACGAUGUACUCAAUUAGAGAAGCCCAACGACCCUCAGGUCCUGUCUGAGGUCGCAAAUAUUGUCAGCAACUGGGUCACCGACCCCAAUUCAGGCUUGAAGAUCGUUGAGAAGACAAGCUUUGUACAUAAGAUGAUGCAGUUUGAGAAUGCGCGCAAUCCAGCUCCCUAUACCAUAUUCUUGCAGAUGGUCUACGACAUUAUCUCAAAUCCAUCGCCUCCAGAACCUGAGCUUGUACAGAAGGUACAUCGAGCAUGCAUGAUAGGAUUGAGAUGCCGGGAUCCGUCGAUGAGGAAGAACUUCUUUCGGUACUUCGAGGGACAAGUGAAUCGAAGUCUCUUCCAUCGCUUGACUCAUAUAAUCCAGAAGCAAGAGUGGGAUGCGAUUGGCGACAGCUACUGGCUGAAGCACGCUGUGGAGCUCAUCCUAUGCAUAGCAAAUAGCAACACUAAGAUAGGCGAAGGUUGCAAGUCGAGCAACAAAGAGCUCUUUCCGCCUGAAGGCAAAUCUACAGCCAUCUUGGAUCAGAACGACUUAUUCUUGAACGAGCUCUACGAGUCCACCAUGGGAAAUCUUUUACAUCCUUUGUGCGAGUUACUACACCAUAGCAACGCCCUUGCUCAUAGCAUGUGGAUCGAAUUGUUCCCGUAUUCUUGGUCCUCGUUGACUUCAGAUGAGCAACAAGCUUUGACGAAGCCGCUUGGGAUGCUCAUUGCUAGAGAUUGCAACAAAUUCCAGGACCUUCGAAGGCCAAAUGUUGUUCAGGGUCUUCUCGAGGCUGUUCAUCGUUGUCGCCCUCCUCCUGCCAUCUCAGCUCCUGUGCUGAGGUUUGCAGGUCGAACGUUCAAUGCCUGGCAUUCUGCUUUGAGCAUCCUCGAAGAUCAGAUCACGAGCCUGCAGUAUUCGUCGGACGGUCGAAGGGAUGAUCCAGUCGAAGUCAUCGAUGCUCUCUCAGAUCUUUACAAACGCCUGGGUGAGCAGGACGUCAUGUACGGCUUGUGGUGUAGACAAAGUGUCAUGCCCGAGAGCAAAGUUGCGAUCUCGUACCUUCAGUUUGGCUGCUGGCAGAAGGCUCAAGACUCUCUCUUCGGCGCGAUGAUCAAGUCGCAGCAGUCGGGCUCAUUGAGUAGCAUCCCCAAGGCCGAGAAGACGAUCUGGGAGGAGCAGUGGGUACAGUGCGCGAAGCAUCUGAAUCAGUGGGACAUGCUCACCUCGUAUGCAAAGGAGAUCAGUCAGUUCGACCUGCAGCUUGAGUGCUCCUGGAAGACAAGCGACUGGGCCGCGAUGAGAGAACUCGUGCAAGACCCGAUGCCCUCAGACCCCGGACAAACAAAGAUCUACGACAUCUACAACGCUCUUCAAGAAUGGCGUCUGCAGGAUGCUGAGAAGCAUGUGCAAGAAGCGUUCCAAUAUGCUCUCAAGAACUGGUGCUUGCUUCCAGAGGUUACUGUUCAGGCUUAUGUUCCUCUCAUGCAAACUUUUCAUCAGCUGGUGGAGCUGAAUGAAUCAGCAAUGCUGCUUGAUGAAGUGAACAAGAGCAUGCGUCACAACUCAGUGCCGGAUCUGAAGAACACCAUCACUGCCUGGAGAGAGAGGCUUCCCAACAAGUGGGACGAAGUGACUGUAUGGUAUGAGCUGCUCACUUGGAGGAACCACGUCUUCAAGAUGCUGGUCGAAUGCAAUCAGAACCAGCAGGACAUCAAGACAGCGCUCAAUGCCCUGGGACAGCACGAGGAGACUUGGACUCACAUCAAGUUCGCUGAAUCUGCCAGGAAACAGGGCCUGCCUCAGGUGUGCAUUAACUACUUGCAGAAGAUCAUGGCGGGUCCGGGGAUUGAGGGCCAGCACACGUACUCCAAGAUCCGCGAAGAAGCUCUCAGCCGCUUGGAGUUGGGCUCGCAGCCUGACCUUACUCAAGGGCUGAACCUCAUCAACAAGGCCAACUUGGACUACCUGCAAAACCCUCGGGAUCGAGCAGAAAUCCUCCGAAUCAAGGGAGAGUUUUUGUUCCGUGUGCCUGAUCAGAGGAAUCCGAUGCAAAUGAGAGUGAGCGAGGCAAACGACGUCCUCUCGACUGCUGUUAUCACCGCCGACACUCAGAGCAAGACCUGGGUGAGCUGGGGCAAUGUGCUUCACGCGAUGCUUCAGGCGAAGAUCGACAAGGGAGGAAACACUCCAGCAGACGUGGACCAGAGAAACAAGCUCACAGCCGAUGCGAUGAAUUGUUACCUUCAGGGAGUUCGCUAUGGGUCAGAGAAGGCGAGGAUGAUGCUCGCCAAGGUUAUCUGGCUCCUCGACACAUACGAUGAACAGCCUUCCUUGGGCGAGCACUUCGAGAAAAGCAUCGACAACAUCCCAUCUUGGAACUGGAUCAGCUGGAUUCCGCUGCUGCUUGGGGCCCUUGCAAGGCCGCAGGCGACAAGAUUCCGCAAACUCCUCUCUAAGUUGGCUGCAGACUUUCCUCAAGCGCUCUACUGCCCAUUGAGGCGAUUCCUGAUUGAAAAACAAGGACAAAGUCGAGCAGCAGAUGGCGAUGGCGGUACCUCAGUUCCGAAGGCAGCAACUCCAUCUGCUGCUGCAACUCCAGGAGCUGGAGGUACAGCUGGGGCUGGGGCUGGUGGAGCAACCGCCGGGGCCGCGGCCACUGCUGGAGCUACUGCUGGAGCUGGAUCUACCCCUGCCGCAGGCACAGGAGCUGCCGCUGCCGCUGCCGCUGGCCCUGCGGCUGCGGCUGCGGCUGCGGCUGUGGCUGCGGCUGGAACAGGAGCUACAACCCCGCAAGCAUCGACGUCGCAGGGGGCUGGAGGCGUGGCUGCUAAGCAAGAGGCUUCGGCAGCGGGUGGAACCCCUGAAGCCAGAGCUGCGAUGGUAGUUCGACAGCACGCGCAAGAGAUCAUGAAGCACCUGCGAGACACUCACCUUGCUUUCUUCCUGGAGACGGAGAGGUUCGUGGUAGAGAUCACAAGGUCCUUCAAGCCUUCGUGGGAGCAGCAGCUGCAGCACAUCAUCAGUGCAUGCAUGGACUCAAUGACCUCCCUCAACUUGUCGGCCCCGCUCACGACCGAGGUCGCGGAGAAGGUGGAGAGUGCGCUGUCUGAGCUCCUGACUGUCUUGGAGCAGCAGCAAGAGCAGGAGAAAGGCAAGGGGCAGCCAAGCAAAGAGAGUUUGCAGCUCACUGAAUUUCUCUCGACCUACAAGCCUCUGUUGACGGCAAGCUUCUUCAAGGAGAAUGGAUCCUACAGCUUUGCCACCAACAAAGAUUUGUACCUCAUGCUGCGCAAAUGGCAAGUUGCGGUCCGACGUGAGUUGUCACGAGCUGCAGCUCCGAAGCAGCUGGAGUCUUUAAGCAGAGCUCUAGCCGAGUCCAAGGGGUCCCAGAUGGAGGUUCCCGGUCAGUACCUGGAUAUGAAUGAGCCCAUGACAGACCAGCAUGUCAAAGUAGACAGAGUUCUACCUGAGAUCGAGCUGGUGGACAUCAACUUGGCUUGUCAUCGUCAGAUCACAAUCCGUGGCAAUGAUGGAAAGCUGUAUCACUUCAUCGUGGAGGCGACAGGCACAACUUUCAUGAAUCGAUGUAUGGAGAAAGAGAAGCAGACGCGACGCAGGAACAUGAACCUGCACCUUCGCCCCAUCGUUGGCCUAGCCCCUCGAUGCAGACUCAUCUCUCACGACCCCAAGUCAAUCUCCUUGUUAGAAGUUCUGGAAGAUUUUCUCAUCUCCAAGGGAAUGACUUCAGACGGCGUCGCUCUCAAGUUCGCUGAGAAAGCUCAAGCCUUGUACGCUCCUGACGUAUCCAAGAUAGAGAAGGACCCGCUCAUGGCCGCUAUGAACGAAGUGGCUGACAUCCUGCCUGAAACCGUGCUGCUGGACUACGUCCGCUCUCAGAUCCCUUCCAAUGCACACCUCUGGUCCUUCCGCAAGCAUCUGGCUGUGCAGUACGCCUGCCAGGUGUUGGUGUCCCAUGUGCUGUUCACAGCUCCUCCUCCGCCCGCCAAGCUUGUACUUAGCCAGCUGCAGGGCGACGUCAUGCUCCUUGCCUCAACUCCGGGCUUGAACAAGGAGUGCACGAGGAUGCAGGACUCGACAGACAUGGUGCCGUUCAGGAUGACCCGCAUGCUCACGACGCUUCUCUCGCCCGUCGGGUUGGAGGGUGGCUUCUCCGCCGCGAUGGGAGCUGCGGCCAUGGCCCUCAAUCAUCCCAACCGCCAGCUGCGGCAUCACCUGUGCAUCCUCUUGAGGGAGGAGCUGCUGGCUUAUAGUAGCCCGACCCCUAAGCCCGGGCAGAGCGCUGCACAGUCAGUGACAGAUCAUGGACGUUCAGUGCUGGCUAGAGCCAACGAGUGUGCACAGCAGGUGUCUCAAAGGGUCAACGACUUGUCGCCCAUGACUGCCCUGGCUGCGGAGAAGGAUGUCAAAGACGGAGAGCUCGGUCAGCCCAUCAACGGCAAAGUCAUCUCCCUCAUUAUGGCAGCGGCAGAUCCCGUCAAACAGAUUGCAAUGCCCUGCUUAUGGCACCCAUGGGCAUAAGCUAGACUUGCACUUGUAUAUAGUUUAUUCGUCUCAUCUCAUCUCAUCUCAUCUUUCAAUCAUAAUGAACACUUUCAAUCUCAC